UCCAGAUCCGAAAACUUGGGGGAGACUGCUACUGGUAGUUGGCUGCUCUGCUCGGAUCGAUCCGUCCACCUCAGUGGCACUUCGGUAAUUAGCAUGGGCCUCCUCGACAAGCUCUGGGACGACACCGUCGCCGGCCCGCAGCCCGACUCCGGCCUCGGCCGCCUCCGCAAGCUCGCCGCCCGCCCCGCCGCCGUCAAGAUCAACGAUGUGGCUCCGGACGCCGCGACGGUGAUCCCGCCGACGACGCCGGCCGGCGGCGAGGACGCGCCGAUGAAGGUCACGCGCAGCAUCAUGAUCAAGCGCCCGGCGGGGUACCCCUCGUCGCCCAGGAGCGCGGCCAGCACGCCGCCGGUCUCGCCGCUAGGGUCCACGCCGCCCAUCUCCCCGUUCGCCAUGUCCCCGUUCGCCGGCGGCGGUGGUCGCUUCAGAAGGAAAUCAUCUUCGGACGCAUACGAGAGGGCAACACCACCAGGACCAUCGACCAGCCACCCUCCCCCGUUUGAAGUGUGACCGCCCGGCGUGCUCAUGCUCGUUUUUGCUCCUCGACCGGCAUCUACUAAACUAAACGUAAGGCAGAGGAGAAUGAAGGGAGGACAUAUCAUAACUGGAGAAAUCAAGAAAACGUGAGGGUCUGCCUUACCUCUACUGUGAUAAUAUGUAGAUAUGUGUGUAGUGUUUUCCUUCUACCAUAUAUGCAGUGCGUGUGGGUAUGGUUAUGUGUAGAGAAGGUGCUGAAUGUUGUUGCUAGUGUGCUGUGUUAGCAUGUACCUAGGUCACUUAUGGGCUGCGUAGAGCUAGCUUUGGCACAUAGCUCCUCGUUUGUGUUCUGUCUACUACUGUUGCGUGCGGGACUCGUCUUGUCGUUGCUUCGUGUUUGUUUGUGGACCGUGGAGGAUGUUGUUAUGUAAAGCAGGGGGUGUCUAGCGAGGUACCAGUGUAGUAUGUGUAAUUUUGCUUGAUGGGGUUAUCUAGUUUCAGUGUAUUA